AUGUCUAAAUGGGUUGGCUUUGCCGUGUCCGUUAACUGUGGUGAGCCCCUGGGCUGCUACCAGGGUACAAUAUUGGAGGCUGAUGGCAAUACAAUUACACUUACAAAAGCAUUUCGAAAUGGAUUUCCAUAUCCGAAAUCGCAGGUUACUUUAAACGCUGCGGAUAUAAAAGAUUUGAAAAUAAUAGAAGAAGCACGUCCAGAGCCAGCCGAGCAGACUCACAGUACAGUGGCAGUCACAAAAAAUAAUAAAAAAGUUCAAAGGGCCACAGUAUGUGAAAAUUUACAAGCUAAUCCUUCACAUUCUGGCAAUCAGCACAACAAUUCUACAAACAAAGUGAUAACCUCGAGAGGUACCACACAGGCUCCCGUCCGAAGUAAGCCAAUCGAUAUACAGGGGGCGAGGAGUAAUAAAAAUAUCCAUCACUCGGGCAGCUACGGCAACGCGGGCUCAACGCCGAAGGCUCGCGGUGCGGCGCCGCACGAGCGCGCGCGCCGCCGCAACGAGGCCUGCUUCGGUGAAGCCGCCGACCCCGCGCUCGACGACGACUUCGACUUCGAGGGCAACCUCGCGCUUUUCGACAAGCAGGCGCUGUGGCAGGAGAUGCGCGCCGCUGCGCGCCCCGACGUCGUGCGCGCCGCCGACGACGCCGCGCGCUUUCGCCACGACGAGAACGUGCUGGGCGCCGCGCCCGCGCUGCCCGCCAUCCGCCUGCCGCCCGAGCUGGCCGGCCCCGUGGUCUACAGCGCCGACGACGGCCGCCGCGUGCCCUCGGCCGGCCCGCGCCUGCGCCGCGCCUUCUGGCUCGGCCUGCGCCGCCUGCGCUUGCUGGGCGCCGCGCGCACGCUGCUGGCGCGCGCCGCCGCGGACGUGGCGCUGCGCCUCAGUGGCGGCGUGCGCCGGCUGGAGGCGCGCAACGCGCACCAGGCGCCCGUGGCCGUGGUGCUGGCGGGCGCGCACGGCGCCGGCGCCUGCGGCGUGGCGGCGGCGCGCGUGCUGGCGGCGCACGGCGUGCGCGCGCAUGUGCUGCUGGCGGGCGCCGCGGGCGGGGAGCAGUGCGAGGAGCUCCGGCGCGAGGUGGAGGCGUACGAGCUGGACGGCGUGGCGGUGGCGCGCGAGCCGGCGGCGCUGCCGGCGCCCGACGUGGUGGUACUGGCGCUGUACGACCCGCUGCUGGACGACGCGCAGGAGCGCUACGGCGCGGCGCUGGCGUGGGCGGCGCGCGCGCGGGCGGCGGCCCUAGCGCUGGAGCCGCCGGGCGCGGGCUGGGAGGGGCUGGGCGCGCGCGCGGCGCUGCUGGCCGGGCUGCCGGCCGCGCUGCCGGCGGCCCUGGGGCGGCUGUACCUCGCCAACGUGGCGCCGCCGGCCGCGCUGUUCCGCGACCUGCGCGUGACGUACCGCUCGCCCUUCGGCGCAUCCUCCGUGCUGGCGCUCAAC